GCCUUGAACUUUAAAUACCCCAAUAGAGGAGUUGUUUGAAAAAUAAAUAAAAGCUCUGUGAGGGAUUGAUUAGUAGAGAGGGCGAGGAAAGCGCAAUGACUCCGCAAUCCAGUAUUAGAUAAUUUUCCUAUCGCUCUGUGAGUACUUUCGCGGGCAGUUCUGUGUGACUUUCAGGAGCGACAAGAAGUGUUGACAAAUCCGUGGAAGACGCCCCGAGAAAAAUUGAAGAUGCGCGUUAAUGAAGAUUUGAGGAAUGAACGAAGAGGUGCUGGAAUUAAUUCGGAGGAAUUCGCUGUCUUCUGGCACGGUGGGAGUGAGGAAUUGCGCGAGAAGCGCUGGCGAGAAAAUUACUUCCUGUGUGAUGGAUUUGAGAAGAAAUUCUCCAUUCCGGAUAGCUAUUUGAGCCACAAGGAGCUGUACGAGAGGACGGUGGAGAGGAUGGUGCAUCGGUAUCAGAAGUGCAGGGAUCUCAAGGCGUCCGGACGCUAUGGGGAUCGGGAAUUUUACGAUACCGUUCGCUAUAUGGUCACAUCUGAAGUGACAUCCGCUAAAUCACCCUUUGCCACUCACCUGUCAAUGUUUGUCCCCACAAUCCUUGGCCAGGGCACUCCGGAGCAGCAGGCAAAGUGGCUCGAAAGGGCUGCAAAUGGGAAUAUCGUUGGGACGUAUGCACAGACGGAACUUGGUCAUGGAACCUUUGUUCGUGGCAUUGAGACACGAGCUGAUUAUGAUCCUCACACGAAGGAAUUUGUCCUCAACAGCCCAACGCUGAAUUCAUUCAAAUUCUGGCCAGGAGGAAUGGGAUUAACGUGCAAUUAUGCCGUCGUCAUCGCUCAACUAUUCACCCAGGGCAAAUGUCACGGAGUUCAAGCAUUCAUCGUUCAACUACGCGAUGAAGAUACGCACAUGCCACUUCCGGGCGUUUCUGUGGGUGAAAUUGGCCCCAAACUCGGGAUGAAUGGUGUCAAUCAGGGUUUCCUCGGGUUCAAGGAUUUGCGCAUUCCACGGGAGAAUAUGCUGAUGAAGAAUGCUCAAGUGCUGGAGGAUGGAACCUUCGUCAAGGCACCCAUUUCGGUGCUCACCUAUGGCACAAUGGUCUACGUUCGGGUGCACAUUGUCACUGAUUCUGCCAACUAUCUCGCCCAGGCGGCUACAAUCGCCACGAGGUACUCUGCAGUCCGGAAGCAGAGCCCCAUUAAUCCAGGUGAUGCUGAGCCCCAGAUCAUUGAUCAUGUCACGCAACAGAAUAAAAUCUUCCCCCAAAUUGCCAAAUCAAUAAUUUUCACCAUGUCCGGGAAAUUCCUCCUGGAAAUGUACAAGCAAGUCAUGAAGGAUGUCGAUGAGGGACAUUUUGAGGGGUUAGCUGAUCUUCAUGCCCUCUCGUGCUGCCUCAAAGCAAUCGUGACGAAUGAAUCCUCGCUGGGGAUUGAAGUUUGUCGUCUAUCUUGUGGUGGACAUGGGUACCUUCAGUGCUCUGGCUUCCCCACAAUUUAUGGCUUCAACACAGCCGCAGAGACCUACGAGGGUGAGCAUGUGAUCCUCCUCCUCCAAACAUCACGAUUCCUCAUGAAAGCCGUCAAGAACCCCGAUCUCUCGCCCACUGUGGCCUACCUGAAGAACUACUCAGAUCGUCAAACUCUCGGUGUUUGGCAGAACAGCAUUGGGGGGAUGAUUGAGGCCUUCGAAGCUGUUGCAGCGGCAAAAAUCCGCAUUGCAGCUGAGAGUGUUGAGCAGAGGAUUCGUGAGGGGAAAAAGCCCGGAACUGCCGCGAAUUUGUCAUCAAUUGAACUCGUGGCAGCUGCUGAUGCUCACUGCAGGGCUUUCAUCCUCCGCGCGGGGGCGGAAUCAAUGGAAAAAGUCUCCAAGAGUGUCUCUCCAGCCCUUGCGGGUGUCCUGAAGGAUCUCCUUGAGCUCUAUGCUGUGGAUGCAGCUAAGAAGGCUCUUGGGGAUCUCCAGCGCUUCACAACAAUCUCCGAUGGAGAUGUGAGACAACUUCAGAGGCGCUUGGAGGACGUUCUAGCACGCCUGAGGCCCAAUGCUGUGGCCAUUGUGGAUGGUUUUGACUUCCCCGAUGAAGUCUUGAAAUCAGCUCUUGGGGCUUACGAUGGGAAUGUCUACGAGAGGAUUUACGAAGAUGCCAUGAAGAGCCCCCUUAAUUAUGAGCCCGUCAAUCCCUCAUUCCACAAAUACCUCAAACCGUUCAUGAAGAGUUCAAAGGCCAAAUUGUAGAGGAAGAAAAGGAUGAAGAACAAGAGAUUCUUUAGGCUAUAAUGAGAAUAAAGGUGAUGGUUUUGUUUUAUUUU